UUCAGUUUUAUUUCUUUUUAGACCUGGGCACCACUAACAUGUCCGAGGAGCUGCAAGCAGAUUUUGAGGGUGGUGAUUCGGGUGCAUCUCAGGUGUAUCCCGCCCAGUGCUCCUCUCUUCGCAAAAAUGGACAUGUUGUGAUCAAGGGUCGUGCUUGUAAAAUUGUGGAAAUGUCGACCUCAAAAACAGGCAAACAUGGACAUGCUAAAGUUCACUUGGUUGGAAUUGACCUUUUCACUGGUAAGAAAUAUGAAGAUAUUUGUCCCUCCACCCAUAACAUGGAUGUUCCUGUGGUGAAACGUGCAGACUACCAGUUGAUUGACAUUUCCGAUGAUGGCUUUUUGUCUCUAAUGAUGGAAUCUGGUGACUUGCGUGACGAUAUUAAAAUUCCUGAAGGUGAAGUUGGUGUCGAGAUAAAAACAAAGUUUGAAAAUGGUGAAGACCUUCUGCUGACAGUGCUUUCAGCAAUGGGUCAAGAAAUGGUGGUAGCCACAAAGCCAAAUAUGAAGUAAAUCAUUCCUUCCAGCUGCUGCUGCUGCCGCCACUACCGCCACUACCACCGCCACACCACAACCAUCUUCACAACCAACCAUUAUCUCGUUAAAAUAUAUUUUUUUCAUAUUAGACAACUGCAAGACGGUUAAUGGUUGUUAUCUGUGAUUACAAUGGGACUUUAGUAAACCUGGUUUGAGAUUGGGUAAUCCAUGAAGCAAGAUAGUGUAUAUUAUAUAUAUGUGCCCAGCUCUGCCUCAAUGUCAUCACCCAUUGUGGCUCUUAUUUAAGAGUAUUUAAAUUGCUCUAGGAAUAAGAGGAGGAAGGCCUUUACCGUUGUUAACUGGUACAUGCAGGUCCUUCUGGACACUGUUUUUAGAAGUUCGGCACUUUUUUUUUUUUUUUUUUUUUUUUCUUUUGUGGAAGGGCAACAUCCCAGAGUGUAUGAGCUGAAUUUAUACCCUUGUGGGUUGGUUUAUUAAUCUGUGACCAAAUGAGGAGUAAAUGGCAUGUUUAAAUGGCAUUUGUUUAAACAACCCAAGCUAUAGUGCAGGAGAGCCUUUUCCUUUUUUACUCUAUCGUAUAAUAUGGGCCCAUUACUUGGGUUGGAGGAAAGCUUUUAUCUAACUUGUUUUUUUGUACUUCAUUGUGCAUAAAUAAUAUGCUGAAUAUUAGAAUAAAAAUUUAUAACCAUUCCAGUGUUAA